GCUGGUGGCACCCAACGCUUAACAAGGAUAGCCGGCAAAUCGUUAGCGAUGGAAAUGUGCCUUACGGGCGAUAAAAUGUCCGCAACUGAGGCCAAAGAUUGUGGAAUCGUAUCAAAGGUGUUCCCAGGCGAAGUGCUGCUCGACGAAACAAUCAAAUUGGCAGAAAAAAUUGCGAGAAAUUCCUCACUGAUAAGCGCAAUAGUAAAAGAAUCUGUAAAUAAUGCCUAUGAAACAACUCUACAACAAGGACUUGCCACUGAACGAAAACUCUUCCAUUCAACAUUUGCUACAAACGAUAUAAAAGAAGGUAUGCAAGCUUUCAUUGAGAAGCGUUCACCGCAAUGGUCGAAUCAGUGA